AUGUCUACAACAGCAUCAGCAUCAGCAUCACCAACAAAGACAGCAACAACAGCAACAACAACACCUCCACUACCUACACCAACCAAAAAGAAGGUAGACUACAAAACAUGGCACGGUGAUUACAAUAUAAAGGUGAUGUCGCAUCCGAUCAACGGUCGUUACAUUGUCGCUACUAACGAUAUGGAGGAGAGCACCGUCAUUCUGCAUGAUCUGCCCUAUGUGUGGGCGGUCGACACCACCGCUAAGAACUUUGUGUGCCAGCAGUGCUUCCUCGAGGUGCCACUCACCUCGCAGCAGAGCGAAGACGAACCCGAAUACUUUGUGAUGUGCGAGCGUUGCAACUACGUCGGCUACUGCUCCGACGAGUGUCGCCAGCUCGACGCACUCCAACACAACCUGGAAUGCGCCAUCUUUGAGCACUUUGAUACCAACGAGUACACCGACUCACUCAUCUCCGAAGUCAAGCUGCUCGUGCGUACACUCUCCCGCAAAUGGCUGGAACUAUCGCUCAACGAACAAGACUCUCCCUAUUCCAAAUACAAAGUGAAAACAGCCAUACCCCAAGAGAAUGGAUUGAGAUAUCGUGAUUAUGAACAAUUAGUUUCCAACAUAAAUUCAUUUUGUCCAACACUAAAAGAGAGUUUGUUACAUUGGAUUUGCAAUAAGGUUAUGAUAUUGGCAAAGCGAUACACCGGUAGAAAAGAAGAUGAAAUCGAUCUGCUCAAUGUUAUCUUGAGAAAUCGGUGCAAUGCAUUCUACAUUCAGGGACGUCCAAAGGCUGGUGGCAAUGGAGAGUCGCGCGGCUGCGGUGUCUACUGUCUUGAAGAUGAGGCAUUAGAUACCAAUACUACCAAUACUGAAGACACACCAGUAUCACUUGUAAAAUCGACUGAGGAAAAUCAAUCACAAACAACACAAUCACAAAUAUCACAAUCAUCGCAAUCACAAUCACAGUCACAGACAUCAUCGUCAGAAUCACAAAUCAACGCAACACCCGAUACUGUGAUAACUGAUUGA